UUUAUCCUUUGCAUUCAUGUAGGGUCUCUGCCUUACGUGUUUCAUCUCCACAUUCAACAUAUAGGUUAGACAUAUAUAUAACUAAAAAGGUACCAAAUUGUAUUAACAAAGUCUAAUGAUUAGUCUAAUUUAAUAGUCAAUUUGUUUAUGGUUUGUUUUUAUUUCUCUCCCAAUCCUUCAAGUGCCCAGGGCCAUGUAUUUUGACAUCCCACUGGAACAUGGAGAAACAAGUAUUAUUAAAAGUCAUCCACCCCGAAGACUUCAAAAGCUUGAACCCAUUGACCUGCCACAAGUAAUUACUUCUGAAACGCUCCUGAGCCAGCAAGAAGCCAGAAGGACUCACAAAGCAAAGCUGGAACUUGAAAAGAAGAUGCAAACUUCAGGGUAUACUCCCGGGAGAAGACAAUAUUUACAUAAGAUGUGAAUGCUGGAAAUGAACCGUAACAGACAAGAGAAGAAAAGUCUUCACAGGGAGGCAAGAAUUAAUAAGCAAAAACCGAGGGACCAUAAAGCCAAGAAAAUCCUUCAAAGCAUCCCAAGACAUGACAGGGAUCUUCCAACCUUGUUGCCGGAUGAAAACUUGAACAGAAGAAGUCCAGGUCAGUCAUACAAAUUUUUUUAUCUAGCAACCCCAGAGAAUCAAGCAGGGAUUUAUAAAAAUGUAACAAGAAAUUCACAGAAUGAAGAUUUGGGGGAACAUCAAGCAAGGAAUGACUGUUGUCCCCGGAAAAUUGGCAAAAUGGAAAUGUGGCUCCGUGAACAAGAGGCCCGGGGUCAGCUUCUCUGGGACAGUUCUAGCUCUGACUCAGAGGAGUUGAGAAAAAGCGAGAAGAAACCACAGGCACUGGUGAGGACCAGGACAGAGAGAAUCCCACUUUUUGAUGAGUUUUUUGAUCGAGAAUAA